ACCUCCAGGACCCCUCUGUGGGUUACAGCCUGUUGGUAUGGCUUUUACCACAAUUUAAGACGCCUGCAGUGGGUUGUGAGGAAAAGGAAAAGACAGUAUCUUCACAUCCCUAGCUACCAGAAGCUCAGAAGACUGACAGUGUUCCAGCUAUCUGCAUGGGCCCAGGGCUGGCAGCUGCCCAGGUGUCCCUUCCAGGCAGAAUGCUUGCUGAAAUAAGGGAUCUUUUUCAGUAUGUUGCUUGCUUCUUUGCCUUUUUCUCUACCGGGUUCUUGGUUGUGGCCACCUGGACAGACUGUUGGAUGGUGAAUGCCGAUGACUCCCUGGAGGUGAGCUCAAAAUGCCGAGGCCUCUGGUGGGAGUGUGUCACAAAUGCUUUUGACGGGAUUCGCACCUGUGAGGAUUAUGAUUCUAUACUUGCCGAACACUCCUUAAAGCUGGUGGCAACUCGGGCGUUGAUGAUUACUGCAGAUAUUUUAGCUGGAUUUGGAUUUAUCACCCUCCUCCUUGGUCUUGACUGCGUGAAAUUCCUCCCUGAUGAGCCAUACAUCAAAGUCCGCAUCUGCUUUGUUGCCGGGAUGACAUUACUAAUAGCAGGUGUCCCAGGAAUCAUUGGCUCUGUGUGGUACGCUGUUGAUGUUUACGUGGAACGCUCUUCUCUGGUUUUCCACAAUAUAUUUCUUGGCAAUCAGUAUAAAUUUGGUUGGUCUUGUUGGCUUGGAAUGGCUGGGGCUCUCGGUUGUUUUUUGGCUGGUGCUAUCCUCACGUGCUGCUUAUACCUCUUCAGAGAUGUUGGACCUGAGAGGAACUAUCCUUAUUCCAUGAGGAAGGCCUAUUCAACUGCAGAUGUUUCCAUGGCCAAGUCAUAUGUGGCCCCUCGGACAGAGACUGCCAAAAUGUAUGCUAUCGACACAAGAGUGUAAAGUGCCACAUAUCAGUCUGUGUGUAUGUGCUAUUUAACUAAUCAAUCAAUAUGUUCAGGUUAACAGAAUAGGGUCAAUCCAGGAACAGUUAUUUAGGCUUCAUGUUCAACUAAAUUAAUUGCUCAGUUUAAUCAAACAGUUUGAUUCUCCAUCACGUCUCCAUUUCUAUUAUUCUCAUGUUCUUCCUCAUUCUUCCUGCCUUCUCUCUCUUUCUCUGUCUCUCUCUCUGUCUCUCUCUCUCUCUCUCUCUCUGUCACACACACACACCAUUUUCGUAUAUUUUAAGAUAAGUUUGCUAGGAUAGAAAAAUAUUUGUUUGUGAUUUCUGUAUUGCUAUUAGAGAUUGUGACAUGGUGACAUUAAAAUAAAAAGACGUUUUAAGAAUAGAAAGCAAGCUUCAGAAGAAGCCAGAGAUUCUAAUCUUUGAAGAGAUUGACAAGCUUUUAGUUCUUUCCCAGGCUUUUGGUUCACUUUCUGUAUUCUCAGCUGAGUGAGUUAUUUGAUAACUUUGAAGAAGAUGAUCCUUCCAAAUUCAAACUAGUAUGCCAAAGCCUUCCAUUGCUCUGAUUCUGUUUAAGUAGAAAAAGAGAAUAACAGCUUAAUAUACUAGCCACUGGUGGGAGUUAAAGAUGACAAGUUUCCCCUCCACACUCUAGAUGUCAAAAGCACAGUGUUAAAUUAAUACCAGAAUCAGUGAUGACUUUCUUCCUCAUUAACAACAUAAGAGAUCUGUGUAUUAUUAUAUCACUACUCCAACUUUGCCUAAACAUUGGUGAAUUAUUAGACCAGAGCAGUAGUAGCUAAGCCAGGAAGUUGACUAAUUUAUUGAUUGGGUAUCCAAAUGCAUUUCAUGAAUUUACCAUAUUAGAAUUUGCAGAUUCAAGUGUCUGCUCACUGCUGGAUCCUCAGCAUCCAGCAAAAGAUCCUACAUGAUAAAAUUUAGCAAACAUUUAUUUAUUGAAAGAAAUAAAGGUUCACAACUCUCUACUGGAAAAAUCAAUUUUCCUCAUAAAAUAUGUGCUUUUUUGAAAAAAUAGAAUUAUAUACAUACUUAAAUCAGUGAAUGAUUGCUAAAGGGAUUUUACUCAUAUUCAUAAUGUAAUCACCUUGAAUUUUUUAAUUAGUAGGGUUUUUAAAAAGGUUAUAAAAUUUCAUCUCAAGUUUCCUGAUUCCUUGUAAUUCACAUGAAUAGCAUUAAUACCCUUGCAAUACUUUAACAGACUCUCAACUGAACUAGAAAUCAGUUCUCUGGAAAAAUGGAAAUUGAAUUGUAAAUUUCUCAGGACCCCAAAAGAAGUGUUCCAAAUUUAAAAGCUAAAAAUAAUGUGAAAAUGAGAUGACAAAAUCCUAAUACAUAUAUUAAUGUUGUUGAGAAUGAUGUUUAUGACUUCACACGGUGUCUCUUUACCAGUAUUCUUAGGAGAAAUUCCAAUCUAAUCUUACAGUUAAGAGCAAUUGAUUCACUUUUAUUUCAUGGAUAUUAUUAAUUGUGUAAUUUAAAUGUAAAAAGUUAUUUCUAGAUCAUGUUUACCAGUUACAUAAGUAUUAUUCUAUGCAUUUUAAAACUUAUUUUGUAUUGUACUUUUUUCUCAACAUUGGUUUUUAAAAUUUUUAUUUCCACCUUUAUUUUAUGAUAUAAUAUUGGUCAUGUUUUGUAUAUCCUAAUAAGUCUCUUGAAAUCCUUCUGGGGAAAGGCAAGAUAAAAAUUAAUUAAAUAGUUCAUUAGCUUUUAGAGAUUCAAACUUUUCCCUCCUUAAAGAUUUUAUUUGUAUGAGGAAAUAUUUCAGAGGAUUAAGGCAAUAUUCCACAUCUAUGGCUGUUUUGAAUGUUUUCUCAAUAAAAAUGUUUUGUAUACCCUGAAA